GGGCCAGGCGAGAUGAAGAAUGUGGAUGCGAAUGCGCCUUGGUGGAGGCAGGAGAUGCGGAGGGGAGGGUAUAUAGAAGGCUUUCGCCCCAUUCCGGACUUUUGAAGGCAAAAAGAAAUCAAAAACAACAAUUGAAAUGUCUAUUAGAGGAAUCAGUCUUCUCGCAGCCUCUGCGCUGUCUGUCUUCGCGGCUCCGGUCCGCGUGCUGAAUGUUGAUUUCCCGGAUCCCAGCCUCAUUAAAACCGACGAUGGUUGGUACUCCUUUGCUACGGCUGGAAACGGGGUACAAGUCCAAGUGGCCACCUCGUCGGAUUUCAAGACCUGGGAGCUGCUAAAGGGCCACGAUGCUAUUCCUGGCCCGUUCCCGGAUUGGACUAAGAAGGAGGGUCCGGAGGUUUGGGCGCCUGAUGUGAUUGAGAGGGACGACGGCAAAUUCAUCAUGUACUUCUCUGCCCUAACCAGCAAGGACACCUCCGCACACUGCAUCGGCACCGCAACCUCAACCUCCAUCAAAGGCCCCUACACCCCUAAUGACAAACCCCUCGUCUGCCCGCUCGACCAAGGCGGUGCCAUUGACGCCGUCGGCUUCCAAGACGACAACGGCACGCGCUACGUGAUCUACAAAACCGAAGACGCCGAGACCACAAUCCACCUGCAACCCGUGAAAUCAGACGGCAUCACUCCCAAUGGCAACACAACGACCCUCCUCCAAAAGGAAUCCGACGACGGAAUCCUCAUCGAAGCACCUAGUCUGGUCAAGAACGAUGGCACGUAUUACCUAACCUUCUCAUCGCAUCGUUUCGAUUCCCCAGAUUACGAUGCGAAAUACGCAACUGCGAAGAAUGUCGCAGGUCCGUACACGAGACAAGGACAGAUUUUGAAGACCGGCGAUAAAACGAAUAACGGGACUGUGACUAGUCCUGGGGGUGCAGAUUUCUCGGAGGAUGGGAAGAAGAUUGUCUUCCAUGCGCAUCGGAAUGGGGAGGAUGUUAGUCAGGGGAGGGCGAUGUAUAGGGCGAAUAUUAAUUUGGAUGGUGGGAAGAUUACUAUUAAUUAGUUAGGUUCACGUUCCUAGGAGUAUUAUUAAUGAUUAAUUAUGCACUUUCUAUUCACAAAUGCUAUCCAUAUCCAUAUUGCAAGAAAUAAAACAGAAUGGUAUCAUGCAAUAACAAAAUCAAGAACAACCCAAAUCAAUCAUGCCCCCUCUGCGCAUCCUCCAUCCCAUGCCAAACCCUAAUAACAUGCGCCCUC